AUGAAGAUCCAAUAUCGAGAUGAGCAUUUCGAGCUCGAGGAUGUCGCCGAAGAAACCAUUCGGGAGUUGGCCACGAGAUGCGCCGAGAAGAUUGGCGCAGAUGUCGAACGAGUGUCACUCUUUUUCCUCCCCAAACCAGGCUUCGUCAAGCACCCAUUCUCCGACCGCAAGCUGAGCGAAUUCCUCACCACGACGACACGAAUCAAGCUGGUCGGCACGCCCAAUACUGAGGUCAAGAAGAUGGAAGACAUGAGCGCUGCCAGCCGAAGAGUCUCACGGCCGAGUGGAUUCAAACCGGUCAAGGCCAACAAGGUCCGCGAUUGGAAGAAGAUCCAAGACGAGUCCACCUACACCUUCCACGCCAUCGAACCUCUACCAUACCUCCCGAACCCAGAAAAGAGCAGACGGUAUCUAGAGCGGCUGGCCAACGAUCCUGGUAUCAAAGCGUCUAUGCGCAAGCACAAGUUCGCCGUUGGUCUCCUCACAGAAAUGAACCCUGCAGAGCACACGACCCACGAGUCGAAGACACUGGGCUUGAAUCGCAACCGGGGCGAGGUGAUUGAGCUGAGGCUGCGGACGGAUGCCUACGAUGGAUACAGAGAUUACAAAGUGAUCCGCAGAACUCUUUGCCACGAACUGUCACACAACGUCUGGGGCGAGCACGACCGGAACUUCUGGGACCUGACAAAAGAGAUCGAGCGCGAGGUGGAGCGCAAUGACACGUUGCACGGCGGCCAUCGACUGUCGAACGAGGAGUUCUACGAUCCCAACGACACGUACGACGACGCUGAACAUGCGGACCACGGGGGCUGGACUGGUGGAAGCUAUGUGUUAGGGGGGUCGAAGGAGGGUGGUGGUGAGAGUGCGAGUGGCCUGAGUCGGCGGGACAUCCUCCUGCGAGCGACCUUGGGUCGCUUGGAGAAAGAAAAGGAGGCGAGAGAGCGUCAAGAUUCGACUCCACCACCAUCUUAG